GAGCGUGUGUGUACAUAUGUAUUUUUACACACGUUGCGGAAAGUCACGGCGAUUUGUCGUUUCGACAUUUUGAUUUUUUAAGCAUUUACAUACAUUGCGCGAUUAUAUAUAUCCUGCUGAUAAUUGAUCGACUCGUUUGUAGAAAAGUUACAAGCGGCUUACCUCGUAGCACGUUCUACAGGUUAUGCCGGUACUGUUCCAGCACGCAUGCAUGUACGUAUUGACGUGAAAUAAUGGACGAAGCAAUCACCAUGCCGCCUACGUUUAAACGGAAUUUCUUUGAACGGAUUUAUUGUGUUGAAUUUUCGCCGUACGAAUGGUCGCAGCAUUUAAUUUGCAUCGCCCUCGCCAAGGAAAUCGUCGUCGGUACUGUUAGAUUUCAGGAUGAAGAUGAUGCUGUGGAGGAUAUGGUAUACAAUCCUAUCAGAACAUUUCACCAUGAUACUAGACCUCAUGCGAUUGCUUGGAGUCCAGAAACUUCCUUGAGUGUUGUUCCUAAGAUCCUAGCAUUCUGCAUUGCUGGUGCAGAUUUUAAAAUAAGAUUGUACAAUAGUAAUUUAAAUGAUAUGAAUGUGUACGAGGUAUUAAAAGGACAUAAGGAUUAUACAAAUGCAAUAUCCUAUGAACCAGAGGGUGAAUUAUUAGCAUCUGUUUCUGAUGAUCAUACAUGUAAAUUGUGGGCUAUUAAAGAAGAUCAGAAAUGUGUGUCUACGUUUUAUUUGACAUCACCUGGUGUCAGUGUAUGCUGGCACAGUGAAGAAUCCGGCAAACUCUUAGUAGCCGAAAAGAAUGGUUUAAUACGUAUGUACAAUGUCAGAAGCCAGCAAGCCAUUAUGUCACUUGAUUCCGGUGUUAUUCCCCUGACUACAGCAGAUUGGGGACCCAAUCCUUUAAAAGUUGUAUCAAUAGCUGCUGGAGAAUUACUUCUGUGGGAUGUAUCUAGACCCAGCCGCCCUCUUGAAUCACGAACACUUCAUCUGGAAGGAGGUUUGAUGGUAAAAUUCUCACUCUCAAAUGAACAUCUGGUUGCAAGUAUCGGAUGGCCAGAUAAUUUAUUGAAGGUUUCUAGUUUAAAAACCAAACAAGUGAUAUUAUGUGGGAAAGUUAAGUUAGUGGGUGGAAUGACAUGGCACCAUAAAUUACCCUAUAUAUGUGCAGGGAGUGACAGAGAACUAUGUUUCUGGAGAGUAAAUAUAAAUUGAGAUAUAUUGAGUAACAUUAGAUUUGUCUAAAAAAAAACACAAUUCUUAAAAUUUUUACAAUUUUUCGUACUGCAUAAAAAAAUAAUAUAUUUUUUUACCAUAUUUCAAUUUGAUAUUUCAAUUAAGAAUUAGUUAUAAUAUACUAAUAAUAGAUUAGUACUCUUCACAAGAGAA